UUACAUAUGGCUAUUUAUUGUAGGUGAGAGGUAGGCUAGUUCAUUGGCCAACUUGUCGCCAUCCACUGUGAAGACAUUUCGUAGUUUGUGGUGAAGGAAUGCAAUCAAGUUUAUACCGAACCACAAACUUUCCACAUGUCAACACCCUGCAUGGAAUAGAAACCAGUACUGCAACCCUACACAGACUCAUCAUAAAGCGAGUAGUUUCACUGUAUGAAGUUGCCAAGUUUCUUGUUGAGUCUACCAAAUUUAGAAUGCUGAAGUCUAACUUGUUUCACGUUCCCACGAUACGAGAGCAACAAGUCACAAUGCAAUAACACGGACUAGAAGAAGCGACUGAGGACUCGUUGCCUUGUAUGACGGUCCGACGAGUCGUUUCAAAAGAGCAGUUGCAGUGGAGUCAUCAACACGCGUUACACUAUAUGCACUCACCCAGCUAUAACAAAUCGUAGGUUAUGGAACUCUUCCCAGUUAUUUACUUUGUUGCUUAUAUUCAUGUUUCAACAAAACAAAAUGUUUGCAAAUGCAUGUUUUAACAAAGCAGCUCGGCGUUUUGUUUCGCAUUCCAUCAUCAUUGUUGAUGGGGUCACCAACCAUUUGGAUUCCAUCAUCAAUUAAUAUCCUGAAAUGUGCAGCAGCAGCAGCUAACGUUUUAAAAAUAGGCGAACCUAUUCAUGCGGACAUCCUAUUAGUCUUAUGUCGCCAUCUCUAAUCUCAAUCAGCGGAAGAAUUUUGGGGCAAUGCGAAUAGAUUACAGGCUAUUGGAGUUGUUUUUGGAACAUGUUUCGAGUACACAUCAACUCAUUGUCUCUUUCUCAGAUUUGUUUGUUUUUCCGCACCACAGCAACAGACUUGGCACCGUUCCGAUCUUAUCACCCAAACUCUGCCAAUUGACCAGUUAUUCUGCACUGGCGGAGGGCAUAACUCGGCUCAACUUCAAAUGUCAUUUUGCUCUCGAACGUCGUCUCAUGUGCUCCUUAAUUGGGCAAAUAUCCUUAGUGAGAACUAUUCCUUUUUUUAAAAUUGAAAACGAGCUAGGGAAAUAAUUCCAAUUGCAAACGUGUUAUUUGUUGACACUUUUCGCCAACACCGAGCGACAUAUGCCCACGAAGUGUCAUCAUCAGCCAUAAGUGAUUCAAGUGGUUGCUUGAACAAAGAUUCCUCAUAGGGCUAUUGGAGUUGUGUCUUUGGAACCGGUUUCGAGUCUACAUCAACUCGUUUCCUCGCAGAUAUUGUUUUUCUACCGCUCCUUAGAAAAAUUUAGGCACAAUGUAAUGGGAAACUGAUUAUUAAUCCGUGGAGAUGUUGUCAAAAUUCUGAUCGCCUGCGAUGACAUAACCGUGAUAUUUUAUUAUUUUCAAACAGGAAUUAUUACUGAUGUCACGCUCGGGACCCUUCGCCAACGACGAAUCGAUUGUGAGAUGUCAGCCGUGGGAAGGAUCUGCCUGCACUCAUGAGCAAGUGAAAGGUGGAUGAAGCCCGACAUGACACUUUGUAAAUAGUGAUGGCCAAAAUUGUGGAGCCGACCUUCAAUUGAUGAUCCCUCCUCCCACGAUGACUCUGUAUACUCCGAAUUGAGAGGAGCAAGGCCAACAAGUUGAUUUGCAUUUCGCUCGCGAUGAAUAAGCUUGAAGGUCGACUGCAUGUCUGGAGCCAAAAGCCGCCACCAGACGCAUCAAAUGGGAGUUGACAAAAGAGAUUUGAAUAGAAAUGAACGGGGGGAAUUCCCUUGGUGUCGAUCCUCCUGGAAUCUUUUUCUUUCAAAGGUGCUGGGCGGUGCUGGCUCAAUUCAACGCAGUUUAUAUGAACAAUUAGGGCGGGGCUUGUUGCGACUCUUGGCCAGUUGAGCGUCCCCAGUCGCCUAAUAAAAAGGCAAGUCCAGCUCGAAAGUGAAUCACAACUGUCGUCCAAGUUGAAACACCACACAACCCUCUGCAAGAAUCAAGGAGAAUGUUGCUGGGCAAUCGAAAAGGUUUAUCGACCGUCGUAUUAUUGGCGAUCGUGACUACUCUGUUGAGCUGCUGCUGCAGUCCGGCGUCCAGUUUCUCCUUUCAUCCUCGCGUCUCUCGUACAAAAGAUGCCGUCGUCAUCGAUUUUGCCGGUGUAGGAUACGCUCCAUCUUAUCACGGCAAGUCGUUGUCCGGCCAAAUUGUCAAUCCUGGAUUCGUCCCGUUGCCAUCCUUCAAUCUUCACCCAAUGGCGUAUCGCCAGCAGCAGCAGGACCCCAGUGGAUGGUCCUAUUCAUUCGGACAUCCUAGUCCGAUUGCAUUUGAAGAUGCCUGGUUCAGCAAGCAAGCAGUAGCGGCAACAACAACCGCAACAACACAGUGCGGCAAAGGACCGAUCGCCUUACCCAAACAAUCAUUCAUUGGCCAAAGAGUCAUCGGCCUAGACACGACCGUAGCCAAGGCGAAUGCCUGGCCGUUCUUGGUAACCCUGAGAAAAUACAAAGUGCUCGAUGGAGGCAUAAAUUUUGACGAUUUUUGUAGCGGGACUUUGAUUUCUGAUUCGAAAGUUCUAUUGGCCGCCAGUUGCUUGGAAAAAAUGUCUCUGUAUGAGAUGUCUGGCGUGACCGUAGCGGCUGGGAUGACAAGUAAUAAGGAGACGUCGAUAGCCGACGUCCAAAUGACGAGAAGGAUCAGCAAAGUUGUCCUUCACAGCAAAUUCAAUGCCUUCACCCAUGCCAAUGACAUCGCCAUCAUAACACUGGACGCACCUGUAGUUCUUUCCAGGACUGUUGGAACUGUUUGUCUGCCGCCUGCCAGUACAGAAAUCGACGAAUACGCUGACCAAUCGGCUGUGAUUUUCGGAUGGGCAACACCUUCCUCAGAAGCUCCAUUCAAUGAGCUGAGCCAAGGCACGGUUUCGAUUUUGCCCAACUCCGACUGCAAGGCGGACACAAAUUUUGGCAAAUAUGUUACCGACGCUAAUAUCUGCAUUAAGUCUGAUGCUAACAAAAACUUAUGCCCUGAAGACGUCGGCGGUCCAGUAGUCAUCCUAUCGUCGCCGGGUAUUUGGACUCAAAUCGGAAUCAACAGCUUCAUCAAAAAGGGUUGCGAUGUAACUAGCCUCCAAACCAGAGUGUCGGCGUUCAAGGCGUGGAUUGAUACGUACAGCACGAAUUAGAAAGUGAACCAGCACGAAGAUAACGAAGACGAACCCACAUGAUGUGACGCGAUUAUGAAAUUCCAAUUUUUUUCUUGUACUUUUCAAUUUGGUUUUGGCUGAUUCGCCUUAAUUAUUUCAAUUCCUUGUUGAUUAAUUUGAUCAUUCUUUAAUCAGCAGUGCCCCUGGAAAGAGGAACCCAUUGAUGGAUGUUGUUUCCAGUUUUUUGUUACCCAGCCUCCCUUACUUUAUACACAGUUCCAUUCACAAGGGAUUUGUGAGCCACUUU